AUGACCAUUAAAAUUCUCCUUCUAUUCUUUUUGGUAUGCAUACAGAAUUUGGUUAUAGAUGGAAAAUUGAAUCCGAUAGUGUCCGGAGUCAGAAUUGAAAGCGAUGUGAAUGCUCCGGGAUUCUUAGGGUAUAGUGAUGCUGGUGAACUUUUGGUUGAAGCAGAUACCCCAGUGGACAUUGUCAUAUUUGGACAUGGGUUGGAAGAUGUCGAAAUGGUAGCCUUCACCGAUUCCGUGUGUGUUACGUCAGAAUUCAACAUUUCCGAGAGCUCAUUUCACAUUCAUAAAGAUAUGAAGAUUGUGUUCAAAUAUUCAUUCAUUGCUUGGCCUCGUCCGUGGAGGAUUUGUUUGAAAUCGGAAAGUCAUGGGUUAAUUCAAAUUGAUGAUGAUCGAACUUGGAUUCAAGCAGUGGAAAGGAUACAUGAGACGUAUAUGCCGGUUUGGGCGCAGGUGGGCAAAAAGCAUUAUUCAGGCACCCCAAGUGAGCAAAAGUAUGCUUCUGCCAUCUACCCGAUGAGAAUACACGGAAAUCGGCUUCUCUGCACUGUAAUCAUCAUGAAUGUGAUUGUGAAUACUGGUAUAACACUGUUAUUUGAUGACAUGGCAGAGGGGCUAAUCGCUUUUGUUGCAUCUACCGUUGGAAUUGUUAUCUUUGGAGAAAUCUUGCCUCAAAGUAUAUGCGUUAAAUAUGGUCUUGCCGUCGGAGCUAACACAGUAUUCAUCACUCGUUUCUUCAUGUUCAUCCUAUUCCCUAUCACUUGGCCACUUGGAAAGAUUCUUGACAAAUAUGCUGGUGUCGACAUUGACGUGGUAAAUCGUUCAAGAAUGGUUGAGAUGUUAAAAAUGAAUAUGGAAAAUGAAGCUUGUGAUAUUGACCUAUCAACACUGAAAAUAGCAAUUGGAGCAAUGGAACUCACCAAGAAAUCCGUGCGAGACGUCAUGACUGAUAUAGACGACGUGUUCAUGUUGUCGGAAGACCAAGUAUUAAACGCAGAGACUAUGACAAGAGUAUCUGAUUCUGGGUAUACAAGAAUUCCGGUUUACGAAGGAAACAAUAGAAAUAAGGUCAAGAACUUGUUAUAUGUAAGUGAUCUGGCGUUGAUUGGAAAAGAUAACAAUAUCACUGUGAAAGCGGUCGCAAGAUUCAAUAAGAGAAGAUUAAGAAUCGUUGAUGAGAACAUGCCAUUGACGGCGUUGAUGGAUGAGUUUAAGAUGGGAGAUUAUCAUUUGGCUAUGGUAGCGAAGGCGUUAGAUGUGAAGAAACAUCACAACGGGAAGUUUGUGGAUGAUAAGAUGGAUAACUUUAUUUUAAAAUCCAUGAAACUCGUGGAAGCUACUGUACUACCAGCAGUGGAAGCUUCUGAAGACCACCCAGUCACUCUAGUUGGCUUGAUUACUCUGGAGGAUAUCACAGAAGAACUACUACAAGCGGAAAUCACAGAUGAAACUGAUUGUUAUAUCACUGACGACGCUCAAAAAAAGAGAAGAACAAACACUUCCAAGAAAAGUGUAGCUGAGAUGUACUGUAGUGAGAAAAAGAGUGAUCGUCUGUCACUUCAUAUGCUUGAGAUGACCGAGAAAUGGCUUCUGGAGAAGACACCUCUGUUUAGUGAAAUGAAUCCAAAAGCUUUUGAGAAUUUGAUUCAGCAGAAUAUCAGAGAAGUCUUGAUAGUCCCUCCAAAAAACAGUACCUCUCCAGGAACACUGAAUUUAUUUGACGCAGGUGUUAUGAGUAAGAGAUUCGUGUUGAUACUGGAAGGAAAAGCAUCGAUCAAGUUCAAUGAGAAAGACCUGGUAUUCGACUGCGGACCGUGGACCUGUUUUGGAGAGGCGAUAUUGGAAAAAAUGGAGCAGUGUAUUCGUGAUGGUAGAGAACCUUCCACUGGUUUCUUCUUCCUGCCUGAUUACACUCUCACUGUCAGCGGGCCAUGUCGGUUCUUGCAAAUAUCCACCAGUUCACUACUUCACUCAUUGAGAAUUACGCAAUUUGUGAAAGAGAUCAGAACACCAAAGAUAUCCAUCACCAAUGACGAUGAUACUGGGACAAACUCCAGAAAAGUAUCCAUAAUGGACAAUAGCCCAACAGGUAGCAGAAAACGAUCAUCUACCAGUGUGAUGUCUACAUUGGCCCUUCCAACUGCAAGACUUGCAGCAAAGAUUGCAUCUGUUGAAGAGCUGAAACCACUUAUGGAAUGA